UGGACUCCCCAUGGAUAUGUUGUUAGGUAUGUACUACCUCUCUGUGGCACAACCCCAGUUUGGUCGGGACCGAAAAGUGGUCAAACACACUUUGCCAGGUGGAGGGACCGCCAGAUUACGUAAGUUCAAGGCUAGUAGUCUGAUCGAGUCCUACGGGUGCAUGUGUGCGGCCGUGUUCUACAAUUACUACAAGCAAAAUCAGGAGGAGAGUAUGUAUCUAGCGUAUGUCUCUGCUGCAGGUGAGCCGGUGAAAAUGUCGCCGGAGAUAGAGGGAGUAGUCGCAAAAUACCCUGAUCUAUUUGAAGAGCCGACAGGGGUUGUUGAGAGGGAGGUCGUCCAUGCGAUAGAGAUUAUCCCAGGGUCUAGCAUCCCAAAGGGUAGGAUCUAUCGGAUGUCUCCAGGCGAGCUUGACAAGCUUCGCCGGCAACUCAAGGAACUCGUAGAAAAGGGAUGGAUCCGGCCGAGUGUUUCUCCUUAUGGUUCACCAGUCCUAUUCUUUCCGAAGAAAAAGGAAGGAACACUUAGGAUGUGCAUUGACUAUAGGGGCCUCGAUGCCAUCAUUGUUAAGAACAGAGAGCCCCUACCGCGCAUCGACGAUUUGCUAGAUAGAGUGCAAGGGUGCAGGUACUUCAGUAAGAUAGGUAUGAAGUCCGGGUACCAUCAGAUUGCAAUUCGGCUCGAGGAUCAACACAAAACCGCAUUUCAGAGCAGGUACGAUCUGUACGAGUUUGUGGUGAUGCCUUUCGGCCUUUGCAAUACUCCUGGCACCUUUCAGCACGCUAUGAAUCGGAUAUUUCAUGACUACUUGGAUAAGUUUGUCAUUGUGUACCUUGAUGACGUACUUAUUUUUAGUAAGACUGUCGAGGAGCACGUUGCGCACUUGGACAAAGUCCUGAGUCGUCUGCGGCAGCACGAGUUCAAGAUCAACGGUGAGAAGUGCGAGUUUGGUCGCACCCAUGUCUUGUACUUGGGUCAUGAGAUUUCCGCGGAGGGAUUAAAGCCCGAUGAUGGAAGGCGGCCAGCAUUCGUGACUGGCCGCGUUUUCAGUCUAUGUGAGGCUGCUUUCAGACAUCUGAAGCAUGCUUUGACGCAUCAUGAGAUUUUGAAACUUCGUGAUCCUGACAAGCCAUUUAUAGUAACUACGGAUGCUAGCCAAUAUGGCAUAUGCACCGUACUUGCACAACAGGAGGGGAAGAAGUUGAGGCCAAUAGAGUACAUGUCCAAAAAGAUGCCCUCUCAGAAGUUGGCUAAGUCCAUCUAUGAGAAGGAACUCUAUGCGAUCUACAAGGCGCUCACCCAUUGGAGGCACUAUCUCCUUGGGAGGUUCUUCUACAUCAGGAUUGAUCAUCAGACCCUGAAGUGGAUGAGAACCCUGUCUGUGCUCUUCGACGCUCUGAAGCGUUGGAUUGAAGUCAUAGAGCAGUAUGACAUCGAGCCCCAGUACAUCAAGGGCAAGUACAACAAGGUUGCUGAUGCGUUGGUGCGUAGACCUGAUUUCUCAGGUGCGCUGAUUACUGAUUUCGAUGUCACUCGCUCCUUGGUGGAAGCCUAUCGCAAGGACCAGUUCAUAUCUGAGAUCAUACGCAGACUUGAGGCGAAGGAUGAGAAGACUUCUGCCGAGUUUGAGUUGGUCAACGGCUUGUUGUUCCUUGAGAAGGCAGGGAAUAAACGGUUGUGUGUCCCAAAUAGAGAGUCUUUGCGUAGUUUAUUUUUAGGUGAGUGUCACGAUGCCACCGGCCAUUUUGGAUAUAAGAAGACAGCAGCCAAUCUACUGCAGCGGUUCUGGUGGCCCACGAUGAUGAGAGAUGCCCAACUGUAUGUGGAGACCUGUCAAGUCUGUCAAAGGGACAAGCAACGUACUGAGGCUCCUCUCGGGCCCCUGAAGCCCCUUCCGAUUCCGAAAAGGCCUGGUGAGAGCUUGUCCAUGGACUUCAUGGAUACGCUGGUCACCAGCAGGAGCGGAAUGAGACACAUCUUUGUUAUCGUAGAUAGAUUUAGUAAGUACGCUAGGUUAAUUGCCAUACCGGAAACAACGAAGACUGAGUACGUGAUCAGAUUGUUCAAGGACCAUUGGGUCAGAGAUUUUGGUCUACCCAAGUCAAUCAUGAGUGACAGGGAUGUCAGAUUUACAAGUGAGUUGUGGAAGGCUGCUGCUGUCGAACAGGGAACGCAGCUACAGAUGACUUCGGGUAAUCACCCCGAGGCCAAUGGCCAGGCCGAACAAUUGAAUCGCGCUGUCCAACACCUGUUGCGGCAUUACAUCAAGCCCAAUCAGGUUGACUGGGACGAGAAGCUUGCUCUCAUCGCCAGUCUGUAUAACAAUGAUGUGGACAGCGCCACUGGAGUGAGCCCUAACGGCCUGCUACUGACCUUCAAACCUAGACUGCCUCUAGACUUCUUACUACCUGAAAAUCAGUCAACUGCUGCACCAGGUACUUCAGAAUUUGCAUACCUAUAUGAGCAGAAGAUGCAGCAGGCAGUGGAACAAAUGCAGAAGACUCAGGUGGCAAUGAUAGAAUUUGAGAACCAACAUCGCCGCCCGUCUACGUUUCAGGUGGGGACAGAGUCUGGGUUAAGUCCUCGGAACUGGGACAGGAGCACGGGAUUUCCCGCAAGCUCAUACCUCAGUACUUUGGGCCAUGGGAGGUCUUAGACAUUGUCGGGACGGAUCCAGAUGGGCCGUCGUAUGUAAUUCGGAUCCCUGGUCACCUCCACACUUAUCCUGUUUUUCACGCCU